UUUAACACAUCUCUCUACUUUGUAAAAUAUUGUUGUGUGACUCGGCAAAAACACAUCCAGCAGUAAAGCUUUCAUUCCUGUGGGAUUUGUUAGCCAUUCUAAACUAACUAAAAUGUCACUGAAGGCAGUUUGCAUGUUGCACGGUGAGGCUGUAUCAGGAAAAGUGUUUUUCGAAGAAACUGGGGGCAGCGUCAAGGUAACUGGAGAAGUGACUGGUUUGGCUGCAGGGAAGCAUGGAUUCCACGUUCAUGAGUUCGGAGACUACACCAGUGGAUGCACCAGUGCAGGGAGCCACUUCAAUCCAUUUGGAAAGGUACACGGUGCACCGGAGGAUGAAGUCAGGCAUGUGGGCGAUCUUGGCAACAUUGAGGCAGGGGACGAUGGCAAAGUAGCCCUGGCCAUCACCGACAAGGCGAUUCAAAUAAGUGGACCAAACUCCAUCAUUGGCCGUGCUGUGGUGGUGCAUGCCGGUGUUGAUGAUCUUGGCAAAGGUGGACACGAGUUGAGUUUGACUACCGGCAACGCUGGCGGGCGUUUGGCUUGUGGAGUCAUUGGAAUCGCUAAGUAACUGCAGCGUGGAUCUCUCUGCCUACCACCUAACUUUAAAAAUAGAGUAUUAUUGUAAAGGUGUCACUCCCCGAUAUAUAUAUAAUUAGAAAGUGAACUUUGUUUUAAUAACUAGAGACUGGAAUGUGGCAUCAGUGCAAAAAGGUUUUUCUUUUAAUCGCCAAGGCAUUGAAUGAAAGUGCCAUCCUUCAUGGCGUUGUUUUACAUGUAUUCAGAUGACAAAAGUAUGAUCACACUGCCGUUAUGAAAAAUUAAUACAAGCCCCCAACAGAUGCAACUAGUUUAAACCUUCUUGCACCGACGCACUCACGUUUUUUUGUCAAGGUUCUGUAAAAAAAUUCUACGAGACUGAAAUUAAUUAAAUAGCGGUUCAAUCUUUUCGUUUUGAACUAUGUAAUAAUCAAAAUAAGGGAUCACCGUGUAGGUGAUUAAAUCGGUUCGUUAAAAAUGCACGCCCUCGAUUGGUUGAAUCGUGUCAUGCAGAAUAUGCCCGGCUUAUUCAACCAAUCGAGGGUGUGCAUUUAUUGUUCUCAGUUUUCAUUCUUGUUAUCCGGGCCUGAACUAUCCCAUUUGGGUGUAUACUUAUGCCCCCAUUUGAACAUUUUUCAAGUCGCCAUAACGCACAAAAUUUAUGUCAGCUAAACUUUUGACAGGAAACAAGACUAGGAAGGAAGUCAUGGUUGUACAAUUGCAUUUCUUGUUAUCUAUUUUUAUGCACCACCUUUGUAAUUGUAACCUGUAAAUCACUUGCAUUCAUUGUUGUUUGCUUGAUCAUGGCUGAAAUUGACAAAACUUUGAUUUAGUUUUUCGUCAAGUCUUUUUGUUUUGUUAUGAUCAUAAAUUAUAACUUUCGAGGUUCACUGUAAUUUUUCUUUUAGUAACGAUCAAGUUUGAAACACGAUCUUGAAUUGCAAAAGUACUGCUUAGAGAAAUUUGAAGAGAGGUUAUCAAAUUGAGAACAUUUUUAUAAAAGCGAAGCCAGUUUUGGCCAGUCUAAAAACCAUCCAAGUUUAUAUUGUUUGUUACACUUAUUACACUUUGUGAAGAAUUGUUAGUUAACUGUAAUAAAAAACAACAAUCAGGUGGUGUAACAAGUUCAA